AUGACGAAAGAUUUGAUAGGCGCUCUUCGAGCGGCUCAACCUGAAGAUGCAAAUGAGUUGCCCGACACAUCUCUGCCUCUUGAUGGCUCACAGUACAUGAAUGAUUUCUUCUCCCAGGUGGAAGAAAUACGAAACUUGAUAGAACGCGUUCAGUCCCUAGUUGACGAUGUUAAAAAUAAACACAGUGACAUACUUUCUUCUCCGAAUCAGGAUGAAGCCACUAAGGCUCAGCUUGAAGAUGCGAUGGCAGAAAUUAAGACAAUAGCACAUAAAGUGCGAGCUAAGCUAAAACAGAUGGAGAUGAACAUUGAGUAUGAUGAAAACUCUGGUAAAACGUCGGCCGAUUUACGUAUUAGAAAAACUCAGUACUCCACUAUUUCUAGGAACUUUAUCGAAGUGAUGACAGACUACAACAAAGCUCAGGUUGCAUUCCGUGAUGCUUGUAAAAAUAGAAUUAAAAGGCAAAUGGAAAUUGCUGAAAGAAAAAUUUCAAACGAAGAACUGGAGGAUAUGCUGGAAUCUGGAAACCCGGCUAUUUUUACUCAAGAAAUUAUGACAGAUACGCAACAGGCUAAACAAUCUCUGGCAGAUAUUGAAGCUCGACAUCAGGACAUCAUGAAACUGGAAAAGAGUAUCAAGGAAUUACAUGACAUGUUCAUGGACAUGGCAAUGCUUGUUGAAAGUCAGGGUGAAAUGAUUGACCGGAUUGAAUACAAUGUAGAACAAGCAGUAGACUAUAUAGAAAGCGCCAAAGCCGAUACUAAAAAGGCUGUUAAAUACCAAAGUUCAGCUCGGAAGAAAAUGAUCAUCAUUGGCAUUUGUGUGGCAAUCCUAAUCUGUAUUAUUGUCGGUACAAUUGUCGGUAUGGUGCCUGGAUUGUAAACAACAGUCAAAAGAAAGAUAAGAUAUGGUUGUUACCACUUGUAUUAUCAACGCUAUUAUGAUUGCUUCAUAUUUAUUCAGCCAGUUAACUACUACUGAGAUAGCCCAGGUGAUUUACUACCAAAAAGAUAACUAAAUAUCGGUGUGUUCAUAUCACCUGCAUUCUAAUUUUUCUGUCCUGUGAGUUUCAUUUAAUUCAUGUGUACUGUAUUCAAAGUUAUUUGAACACAUACAUUCCAUUUCCUCCUCAAAAUUCUCAAGACUGGUGUGUUUGUAUCUUUCCAUGUUUAAACUAUUACAUAAUUUGUAUUUACUCUGAACUAACUAUUACCAUUUCAUUAAGUUUUCUCUACGCUUUUUACUCCAUUUAUAUUAUCACCAGUAAACUCAGUGAUGUUGAAAUUGAGUGCAUUUUCUUCUUAAACGUUGAUUUGUUUUUAUUUCAUUGCUUCUCUUUCAAUUCAGUCUUGCCUCUACAGUCAUCAUUUUAAGUCUCUCAUUUCAUUACCGAUGGUCAUCGUAACAAUCGAUGUUGAAUUAUUUUUGGGCUUUCUUCUUUCCCUUCUACUUGUUUCAUUUGUUAAACUGAAGAUAUUUCUUUUUUGUAUACUUCGUUAUUUUUUUUUCUGUUACGUUGGCAUGAUUGAAUUGUAUGUUAUACAUGCAGACUGGUUAAACAAGUGAACAUUGCCAUGCACGCACACAUACAACCACAGGUGCGAAGUAAAGUAUGUUUGCCUGAAACAACAUGGAAUAUCUAUAGUUCAUCACUAAUUAAAGGAAAUAUCAACCAAAUAAUAAAGUUGCCAAAUUAUAUUCACUUGGAAAUAAUAUUUUUUCCAAUUGCUCAUAUAUACGUAUAUUUUCUUCCUUCUUUUCAUUUUGUAUUUAUCCUUCCUCUCAUUACCAUUGUUACCGUCAACUUGUUUGAUGAUAUAAACGUAGAUGUUUUUCCUCAUUUGUUAUGUACUCUGGUUGUGUUUGUAAGUAUAUAUGACUAUGUGUGUGUGUAUGCGAAUAUUUCCUCAUCUACUCUUUAUAAUUACUUAUUGGAUCAUGUGUAAUGUAUGUAUCAGCGGAAUUCUAAACGUUUGUUGAUCUUUCCACCUAUGUAUCUCUUUUCGUUAAGUUUGCUUCUACUAUUAACUCUUAUCUAUGUACACACAACAAGUUACACAUGAGAUGAAUAACGGGAGGAACUUUAAAGGAAAAGACGAAAAACAGCAAAAUAAAACAAAUACAAUCACAUUUUGAUUGCAUUUAUUUUUUCCUCAUCAUUUUGUUUCCUUUUUUCUUCAUGAGUAAAAUCCUCUAAAACCUCUGGCUUCUGUGUAAACUAUUUUUUAUUAUUUAUUUCUGAUUCGAAUCGCCUAUCACAUCCAUAUACACUAGGUUGUUUGUUAUGUCUUCUAUCUAGGUUAUUAUUAUUAAUAUUUCUAUUGUGUCCAUCCUACUUUUCAAGAACUCUGUUUUGUCUCCCUUUUCCUUUGUAAUUUUUACACUUUUUAUUGUUUGGCACGACGUAAAUAUGAGGAACAACACUGAAUUCUAAACAUCUUGUUACUUACUUGAAUUUCUUUUUCCCAAUCUGAUCUAGUUUAUUUAUCAACUAGUUGAUUUCACCACUGAAUACUUACCUAUAAAUCAACACUUCAUUUGGGUGAAAACAAAUACAUAAGUACGCAACCCUCCGCAUACACACACACACAUUCUCUUCUGUCUGCUUAAAACAAUACCUACUAGAUGUAUGUUUUCUUCCAUUGUUAUUGCUAUUCUUCCCUUUAGCGUUUUCUUGGAAUUAUAUGCUCAGUUAAAAAUACUGCUAGUUACUAACUACCACUAAUGUAUGAGUACUUGAGUUAUUUCGAAGCAUAAAUUCUCAAUGCCCUUUUAUUCGUUGAAUUACACGCUACAUGCAUGCAGUAACUACACUCUACUUCUCUCUGAUAACACAACUAUCUCGAUAUUCAAGUUACUAUUGUUACAAUUAGGAGGACAAUCGCUUCCUAGUCGUUUGAUUAAACCAGCUUGAUGGUGUUUUUUUUUCACUUUUGGUAACAAGAAAUGAAAUAGUAUCAAAUGAUUAUACUCAAUACUUAUUCAAUUUUGUCAACUUAUAUACAUACAUCUAUCCAUAUUAUGCAUUCCUCUAUUGUCAGUUUACUUGGCUUCCUUAUGUACGUAUGUCUGCUUAUUUUCUUUCGCACAUUUUCCUUUGUUUCCUACUUUUUUUCUCCUCUCCUCUUAUAUGAUUUAAUCAACGAACUAGUUUAUGAACUUGUUUAUUUCAAGCUUUUGUAAAUUACUGUUAUUAUUAUUAUGAUGAUUACUAUUAAUAUCGAUUAUUACUAUCGUU